AUGUGUGACGAGCAAACGAGAAAACUCAUUGAUAGGGUGCAUGGAGAACGUCCGCCGGGUUCACGACUUGUUAUUGAACAGGGUUCGAUUUUCUCCCGAAUAUGGUGGCUCAUCAAAGUGCCGUUUCGCGCGGUUAUGUGUUUAUCUCUUGUUACAGUAUUUUUUGCAACAUAUUUCGGUUUUAUGCUUCCGGUCAUGUGGGCGAGAACAGUAUGGCCAAGGCUCUACUGGUUUGUUGAAGGAAAACUGUAUAGAUGGCUUCAAUCGUUUAUUGCCUAUUGGGGAUACACCGCUGGUUAUGAUAUCUAUGAGUAUGGGGAUGAUGUUACAACUUACUAUAGGGAUGAGAGAGUAUUGAUGAUGUGCAAUCAUCAAAGUACCGCUGAUGUUCCCACUUUGAUGACGGUUUUGCAGAACAAGGGAGUUGCGAGCAGAAAGACACUUUGGUUGAUGGAUAUAAUGUUCCGUUGGACGCCGUUUGGAAUUGUUGGAAAUAAUCAUGGAGAUCACUUUAUUCAGCAAGGAAAGGCGACAAGAGACAAGGCUAUUGUAAACCUCAAAAAACAUUUGCGCGACGUUUUCUGGGACCGUGAUCGUCGUUGGGUGAUACUGUUCCCUGAAGGAGGAUUCUAUUACAAGCGUGUUGAAAGCAGUCAGGCUUAUGGUAAAAAGAACGGAUUCCCUCAUCUUUUGUACACGACCCUUCCACGAAUGGGAGCCGUUAAGGCGAUUCUUGAAGAAGUUGGACCUCGAAAGGAUGAAGAAGAUGAGCCUCGCGAUAGGAGCAACAGCAAAUUGAAAUUGCUUCAAGACACAGUUGGAGCAAUUCGAGAAAAGAAAUAUGUGAAAGGUAUGAAUUUAUUCGAAUUGAUAGAGAUCAUUAAGUGGCAACUACACGCUAUUGAACAGAUUGAGUGA